AUGCUUAUCAACAGAAGUAUCUUGGCUGUCGCGUUUGCCGGCACUGCUCAAGCAAUCAGCCGUGCAGAUCCACCCUAUUUUCCCGCAAAUUGCAAAACCCCCAGCGUCACCCCCGAGAUCCGUGACCUCUCAGCACGCGAUUUCUUUGGCAAAACGGUUUACCCCUGUGUCAAGGUUGGAGAGACCUGUAAAUCCUUCAAGGACUGCACACGUCCCCCGGCUGCUGAAUGCCACAAAGAGAGAACGGACCGGAAAUACAUUUUCCCUCUGCCUGGGUCUUGCAUUGACGGCUUCUGCCGCCACAUCUCGAACAAGAAGGAAUCCCCCUGCGACUGUCUCGCUGGAUGUGAUAUCAAAGACUUCGAUCGCGAUCUGAGUUGUAUCGAUGGGAGAUGCAAGGCUGCGGAAUGCGCUCCAUGUGGCGAGUUUCCCAACAACCGCGCAUGCUGCGCCCCUGGGGUCAAAGGUCAAGAUGGAAGAUGUUUUUGCGGUACUGGUGCAGGAGAAGGAUGUGCCACAAACCCUGAGAAGUGUGACUCUGGGAACUUCAAUGAUAUGUGCUGUGGUAGAGGUACGGAUAAUGAAGGCAAGUGCUGUGCUUCCGGUUCAUGCAACGGUCGAUGCCUGCAUCAGCCGAAGUAA